GUUUGCUGUGUGAUUCCCAGAUGAUGUGUCCGGAGUAACAUGAGAAACUGUAAUCCAUGUAGUGCCGAUCGUGCAAAAGGCAGAUAAGUAACUGCAAUAUCACAACUUGUAGCAUCACGAACACGUCGAAAUCCCGUUGGGGGAGGUUUUAUAGGCGAAGUGCUGUGUGUUUCAGCUUGAGAGCUGUGAUUGAUAAGGCUGGUACAUCCUGCUGCUGUGACAAUGAAUGCCAACGAAGACGUUCUAACCUCCUUUGGAGGACCGCAGGAUGGGAAUAAUGGAGAAAUGAACAGUGAGGCUGUGAGCCGAUCAUCUUCAGCUUCCACAACUCCAAGCUCCACGAAAAGCUUAUUCGAGCCUUCGGAAGAAUCCUCACUUCACAAUGGAUCGAGCUCAUACUACAGUGGGGGACGGGUUGCAGUUCCGGCCGCAGAAGCUAACGGAUUCAGUUUCCGUAAGUUAUGGGCGUUUACCGGGCCUGGAUUUCUUAUGUCCAUUGCGUAUUUGGAUCCGGGGAACAUUGAGUCCGAUUUACAGAGCGGGGUAGUGGCAAGGUAUAGCCUGCUAUGGGUGCUACUCGGUGCUACGCUGUUGGGACUCGCCAUGCAACGGCUGGCAAUCAAGAUUGGUGUUGUAACAGGAUUGCAUCUGGCGGAACUGUGCUAUAGGAAGUAUAGAACCAUUCCUAGAUUGUUGCUUUGGCUAAUGGUUGAAGUGGCCAUCAUCGGGUCCGAUAUGCAGGAGGUGAUUGGUACCGCGAUUGCCAUAUAUCUAUUAUCAUCCAAACGGAUACCUUUGUACGUCGGGGUGCUGAUAACUGUUUUCGAUACGUUAUCGUUUCUAUUCCUGGAUAAAUAUAAACUGCGGCGUCUGGAACUAUUCUUCGGAUUUCUAAUCACCACCAUGGCCGUAUCGUUUGGUUACCAGUAUAUCAUCAGUGAUAUACCACAAUUAGAAGUUAUAAAGGGUAUGUUUAUUCCUUGGUCGUCCGACUACCGCCCAGGAACGCUGUUGCAAGCAGUUGGGAUCAUUGGUGCAGUCAUUAUGCCACACAACUUGUACCUGCAUUCGGCACUCGUUAAGUCACGAGUCAUAAACCGAAGCCAAACGAACGAGGUUAAGGAUGCCAACCGGUACUACUUCAUUGAGGCAUCGUUGGCGCUUUUGGUUUCCUUCAUAAUAAACGUGUUUGUGGUGUCGGUCUUUGCACAAGAUCUGUAUGGGAAAACCAAUCAAAAUGUGAUCGACACAUGCGCCAAUACUCCAUUUGCUGGUGAUAUUAACUCGGCAUUCGUCGCAAACAAUGUCACUGCCGAGAUCAACAUCUACAAGGCCGGGCUGGUAUUAGGAUGUUUCUACGGUGGAGCGUCAAUGUAUGUUUGGGCCAUUGGUAUUUUAGCUGCGGGUCAAAGUUCGACCAUGACUGGAACCUAUGCGGGACAGUUUGCGAUGGAGGGUUUUCUGAAUUUGCAAUGGGUGCGAUGGAAGCGAGUGUUGUUCACUCGAACAGUGGCCGUUAUUCCCGCGUUUUAUGUUGCAUUCUUUAGUCGAUUGGAGGACCUGACGAAGAUGAAUGAUAUACUUAAUGCAGUAAUGGCACUGCAACUGCCAUUUGCUGCAAUUCCCACAGUAGCAUUUACGUGUUGCAGUGCACUCAUGCUCGAGUUCGUCAAUGGAGCGGUUGAAAAAAUAAUUUCUAUCGCCCUGAGCUUUACCGUGAUUGGAGUAAAUCUAUAUUUUAUCAUUGCAAACCUGGAACAUGUGGAGCUGACUGCUCUGAUGAUAUUUGGUGUUGUGGUUUUUGGCGUUUUCUACAUCACAUUCAAUGCAUACCUUAUUCUCCAUAUGAUGGUUUAUAUGGGCAACAAAACUCUAGCAGGCAAUAGGUUCGUUCAACGGUUUGUCUUAGUGGAGCGCUGGGAUGAUAACACGUUUGUCACGAACGUACCAUCGGCUAAUGAGCAGAGUUGAUCGUCGUUGGAAGUGUGCGAAGAAGUGAGCAGUGAGUCAAAUGAUUUAAUUGUUACUGUAGAUGGUUUUGUUUUUAAUGUGUAGUGAAAAAAAGAAUCCAACGAAACCCUAUCAACAUAAACAAAUGGUGCUGUGUCUUAGAAGAAACAUUGUAGUAUAGCCGAGAACUUUCCAUUUCCAAAAUAUACCUUCACGUAUACAGUUUGUUGUCUUGUUACAUUAAAAUGGCUGAAAGAAAGAAUUGAUGUAGAAUGUUCGAUCAGAGUUCGAUUUCUG